UGCUUCUCCUGACCCGCAUUCACCCGUACUGUACAGGCGGGGGGAGGACCGAGCACACAGCGCUAAUAAACGCCGUAGAGUUCCCGUGCAGACCGUGGCCAUGGCUCUGGCAGUCCCUGACAGACACGGCGCUCCCGUCUCCUCACACCUCACAGCGGACUGAACGGGGGGCUAACACCGGGAGAAGCGUUAGCUCCGCCGGCUGACACGGUUGUUAACCGGCUGGACUCGCGUCUAUCUCUGUUGGUUCUGCUUUUUAUUUUUCUCUUCACGUGUUAAUCCGGCUGUUGUUUCCUCACGGGGCUUUAUGUUGACGGCACAGGAGGCGGUUCUGUACCACAAGUCGAGCAUUGGAUGAGGGCAGCAUCAUCAUCUGCUUCAGUGGAGGACCGUCAGAUGAGUCUUUGUGGGGCCCGAGCUGCAGGUCAAGACACCCUGGGUUAAGUAGAAUAAAAGAACGAAUGUGAGCAGGUGAAUGAGAGAAUAAGAGACAGAAAAAGAAUUGCAUGGUAAAGAGAGAGACUGAGAGAAAGAGAGAAGUUACCAUCCGUGUUUGCAGACCAGCUCAGGAACAUCUAUUUCAACAAAGACGCUCAUCCCCAAAACACCAUCUGAUGCUUGUGUCAUCGAGUGAGAACGUCCUCCGUCUUCUCAGCACCAGGUGAAGCCCCUGAUGACACCUACCGGUGCGUGUUAGGAGCCAGAGCGGAGCAUCGACUCCUUCAGAUGGACUCUGGGAAAAACCACCAGCAUUCUCUCUCAAAAAAGACAUAAGACAGAAGAAUCUAGUCGAGACUGAUACAACACUACUUCACCUCCCGCUGUCCUCUCCUCGUCCUCCGAUCCAAUCAGAGAACACCUCCUCUGCUCUCUACCUCCCACAGAAAUAGGAAAGGAAGAAAACAAAACAAGUGAAAGCAAUUUAUUAGCUGUUCCUCUUCUUCUCUUCGUGCAACAUUUCUCCAUUUACCUCAGGGAUUCUCUCCCACUGCCUACCUCCUCCACCGAAACAGCCAACCCAGUGACUGGAACACAGAGCAAAAACACACCUGUGACCUCUCGCUGCUGUUACCAUGACAACCUGUAUUGCCUCUGAAGCUCUCUUCACUGCAACCGUGACGACCAGCAAUGACCUUGGACCUCUUACCACCUGCCAGCUCAGACCUGCUCACUGCCUAAAUCGUACUGAUCCACACUUGUAGCCUGGAGCUCGGGCUCGUUAUUACCGCAAGGAAAAGUGUCAUAUUGCCAGAGCGGCAGCUACACACUCACAAUAGCCUCACACACCCUCUGUACAAUAAACCUGGCAGGAAACUAUAUACCUCAGCAGACUCUCAAGGACUUCUACUGAAGGGAACUUUUCAACAACAGCGUUCACUAUCCUGGUGCUUCGGUCCACACACAGCAGGAAACACAUGCUCACCAGCCUGGUGCUUCAAUCUACCCAGUAGACGACUCACUUCAGCAUCUUCCAUUUGCCUUAGAGGCAGGAGUAUAGCAACAGUAGCCAGGGAGGCCUCCAGAGAAGCAGAGAGAGACUCAGGAGUCCUUCCUGGCAGGCAACUUCAUUUCAUAUGCUUCUCAGCAAAGUCACAUCAUACACACGCCUCCCCAUCUAAGCAGUAGCAUAAAUCAGCAAUUGCCCAAGAGGCCUUCGGAGAUCACAGAAGAGACUCAGAAGCACCCCCUGCCUUGAGCUUCACCCUGUGACGCCUCCAGAGAAGUAAAGCUACCCACAGAGCGGCGCAAGUUCUGGGGAGCCUCAGCGGCUUUUCUGACUCUGGAGGGAAGUCACACAGAAUAAAGAAGUCCCAGGCAGAUUUAACUCAGCGCACUAUGAGCCUCGGAAAGUCAGAAGAGUAAACACGGAGAUCCAUGAAGAAUGCAGCGCUCUCUUUUGCUUCCACUGAUGUCCCGCCCACUGUGCUCCUCCCAGCCAAUCGCUGCGCAGAUCCUCAGAUGGCUGUCUGUUGAAGGGCCCGCCGGCGAAUGCUGAGCAGGCUGGCAAGGUCGAGGUCCGCCUCAUUGUCCUGUGACUGGCUGCUGGACAGGACUGAGGCUACAUGGAGCCAAUGUCCAACAAGCAGGAUAGCAACUCAUCAGAGGGAGACGAGAAAGGGUGGCCAGAUGUGCCGAAGAGAAAGAGUAAGAACGGCCAGUGUUCGGGGAAGAGCGUGUCUGCUCUUAGUGUCUCUGUUCCAGGGUACAUCCCCAGCUACCUGGAGAAAGACGAGCCGUGCGUGGUGUGUGGGGACAAGGCGACCGGCUACCACUACCGCUGCAUCACCUGCGAGGGUUGCAAGGGUUUCUUCCGCAGAACGAUCCAGAAGAACCUCCAUCCAGCGUACUCCUGUAAAUAUGAAGGCUGCUGCAUCAUCGACAAGAUCACGCGCAACCAGUGCCAGCUGUGCCGCUUCAAGAAGUGCAUCUCAGUGGGCAUGGCCAUGGACUUGGUGUUGGACGACUCGAAGCGCGUGGCCAAGCGGCGUCUGAUCGAGGAGAAUCGGCAGAAGAGGAAGAGGGAGGAGAUGGUGCGGACACUGCAGACGAGGCCAGAGCCAACCACGGCAGAGUGGGAGCUGAUCAGGAUGGCAACCGAGGCCCACCGGCACACCAACGCCCAGGGCUCCAGCUGGAAACAGAAACGCAAGUUCCUGUCGGAUGAUAUCGGCCAGGGCCCGAUGGUGUCCACGUCUGACGGGGACAAAGUGGACCUGGAAGCCUUCAGCGAGUUCACCAAGAUCAUGACCCCCGCCAUCACGCGUGUCGUUGACUUUGCCAAGAAGUUGCCCAUGUUCUCGGAGCUGCCAUGUGAAGACCAGAUCAUCUUGCUGAAAGGCUGCUGCAUGGAGAUCAUGUCGCUGCGCGCCGCCGUACGCUACGACCCGGACAGCGAGACGCUGACGCUCAACGGCGAGAUGGCUGUGAAACGCGAGCAGCUGAAGAACGGCGGGUUGGGAGUGGUGUCGGACGCCAUCUUUGAUUUGGGCAAGAGCCUGGCUCAGUUCAACUUGGAUGACUCGGAGGUGGCGCUGAUGCAGGUCGUGCUGCUCAUGAGCUCAGACCGCUCGGGGCUGACCAGUGUGGAGAAGAUCGAGCAGUGCCAAGAGGCCUACCUGCUGGCGUUCGAGCACUACAUCAACUACCGCAAGCACAACAUUCCCCACUUCUGGCCCAAGCUGCUGAUGAAGGUGACGGACCUGCGCAUGAUCGGAGCUUGCCACGCCAGCCGCUUCCUCCAUAUGAAGGUGGAGUGUCCCAACGAACUCUUCCCCCCGCUCUUCCUGGAGGUCUUUGCGGACCAGGACGUGUGACUUAAAGGACGCUGACACCAAGGCUCCCCCUCAAAGAACCCUGGACUCGGAUCUAAUUAAUAAAUUUGGGGAGGCUUUGGUGGAAGAGGAAGUGAGGGGGAAGAACAAGAGAAGAAAAACUGGAUUUUUUUUUUUCUUCAGUGGGAACGUGCCCUGUAAACUUUGUUUUUUGUCCCGUUUUUUCUCAAGACCCACCACCUGCCACCAGCAAACACACACCGACUUCACCAGAGAGAAACACACUGUCAGUCUGAGAGGUACACACACACAGAGCUAUAUAAAGAGUCACAGGUAUUCACACAGAUCCAGACACACUGCCAUGAGCGUACAGUGCAAACAUAUGCAAACACAAACCUCACCUGUUAACUCCAGUUGCACCUGUAUGGACAAACAGCUGUACUCUACACUACUGCAAACUCCCUCCAGCACCCACCUCAACAAAGUGUCGUUUUGUUUUUAUCUCUGGGACCUGACCACUAGCUCCUCAGACGGCCCCCCACCCCCGCCAUCUCCCACACAUGGCGUCCUCCGUCUGCCCGUGCAGCCCAGCCCGCAGCCCACCGAGGCCCCAUGAGUGUUUGUCAACCUACCUCCCCCACGUACUGACCUCUCCGUCUCUCACGUCCACACAGAGGCACAAAACACACCCCGACACUCUUACCUCAUGUCUUGAAAUGUAUUUCCACAUUUAUUGGUAGUCUGUUGAGAAAGCCAUGCAGUCUUCAGUCUCUGGUGUUAGGAGAAGUAACAGUGGGAACACUUUGUAUGAAGCUCUUACCUACAAUGAGUCACAAAACACACAAAAACACCUGCGUGAUGGAUUCUGUAGCAUGUAGCAAGCUAAGCUACGAGAAAACGGCAAAAGUAACUCACUACUUGCAAAGUUACUUUUAUUUUUUGACUAUAUGUCAAAACAGCAUUUUCUCAGUGAUCAGAAAAAGUGUCAGACAAAACCAUAGGCUCUCUCCUCGGGCCUUGUUGUGUCUAUUUCUCUGGUGUCCACUGCAAAUCAAAAGUGAAGCAGCAGGCAGAUAUUUGUUAUUUGGGUAGGUGUUUGGUUUUCAAUUUUUGACUCCCCGCCAAAUCAGCAAACUUUCUGUUGCUGCCGUUACACAGGUUAUACACAGCGGUGAAUGUCCGUCUCUGGAGCCGCUCCCUUCCUGGCAAACAAUCAGUUUAGUGUUUGCCUGGUUAGCACGAGCUAAUGUCUUCACACCAAACACAAUGCAAAUUUUCAUUUCACGUUAGUCACGCAAGUUCACACUAGAAUAUUUUGUGUUGACUUGCUACAUACGUGCAAAUAACUCGCAUCAUACGCACUUAAAAUUGCAGAAUCGAUAAAUUAACUUCCACUGGUGUGUCCUCAGCUUCAAUAUUCAUUGGCUAUCGUGGUGCAAACUGGUUGCUGAAAUUCCAAUUGUUCAACUCUCACAACUAAGCGUAUGACGGGAAACCGCACUACUCGCUUAAUUUGCGUAUUUUGCACCAUGGUGCUCCAGCUCUCGCUCUGUUCAAAAUGUGGACUACAAAUUGUGGGUUUGCAGGUUCGUUGUUUCCCCCUGCUGCCAGUCUUUGUGCUAAAUUAAGCACAUCCUCGGAGGAUGAAUUGUAAUCUCUUUCAUCAUGUCAGAAUUUCACUUUCUGCAGUACUAUUUUGAAUGUCUUCAACGCUAUCAUGCUAACAUGCUAACAAAGCAAACACUACUAGCUGCCAUGAUUAAUAUUUUCCUAUUAACAGCAGAUUAAUAACACAUUUCGCCUUUUCAUGCAAAAAGGGUCGAGACCAGAGCUCAGAUAAUAAAGUGAAUUACAGCUACAGGCUUCAUACGAAGUGUUUCCACUGCUUUUAUUUUACAGUGUAACAAAUACAAACUUACUUCAUAACAAAUGACAAUACAUGACUUGAAAUACUGCAUCCUGUUACUCAUUAACACUGACAGAUAAUCUAUAGUACUCACACACAGUGUAUCAGUAUGCUGUGUGUGUAUAUAUACAUAUAUAAUAUAUAUAUAUAUAUAAAUAUAUUGCUAGGAUACCUCUCCGAUACAUACCUCCUGUCUUCAUUACCUCACACAUAUUACACCCAGUUGUUUUUUGACGUAUUACCUCAGUUGUUUUGUUGCUCAUCUCUCCCUCCUCCAAAAUAACCACUGGGCUGCACCUCACUUCCUGUCUCUCUGUGUGCGUAUGUGACUGCGUCCUCUCAUCGGAGCCCUCUUAAUCACACCGUAGCCCCGCCUCCUCACCUCCCUACCAGGUUCAGGGCGAUGGUGGCGGCGGCGGGAGAGGAUGCCAUCACUAAUCUCUGCAGGCCUCCCCCCGUCACCCGUACCUGUUUCAAGUCCCGCCUGUAACCGACAGAUUCUACCUCACCUCUCAUGUCAGUGCAGCUGCCCGUCUGUCUGCAACACACCGACAUGCACACAUAUAUAAAUAUAGAUAUUUAUAUAUAUGUACACACACGAGUUGCCAACAUGGACCCGUUGACUCCGCCAGCAGCAGGUCUUUAAAAUGGGAUCAACAUCUGACAGCUGACACACAGACUUCCUCCUAUUUUUCAUCCUGAUCACACACCACGAGGGACCAACAGUCACUUUGGAUUCUGGUUUUAUUCAGGAACCUGAAAUGACAACGAGGGCAGGGGUGAAUUUGUGACGUCACAGCGUGCCGAUUAAAGGAAACUGUCGUGGGACAACGACAGCUGGAAGCUGGGACUCCAGUGGAAGCCAUUUUGGCCCGAUGGGUCAGGCCAACGGACUACUGUGGGUGGUGACUGGGAGAUACACAAACAGCAAGUGAGUCAGCAGCAGUAUUCGCCUGUGGAUAUGGUUUCAUCCCGGCAGAGGGGAGGGAAACGGCGAGUGAGCGACUGUGGUGCGCAGCGUUGUGACUCAGGCCAAGCCAACAGCAAACCGCCACACGAAAAAAAAACAGACCCUUGUUCUCGCACAUUCAGUCCAUCUCCAGAUCCUUCCUUCGCCGUCGCAGCAGAAAUGGACGCAGAGACUUUCUGAGCGACUGUCCUAUCCCAGAAACUUACAAUAUGAAUUAAACACUGCUGAAAUAAGCUCCACCAACCAUAUCCCAAAUGCCAUCCACUACAAGUAACGAUCAGGUUUUUUUCUGUUGCACUAAAACCACAAUGUCUGUAUCCCUUAGUAGCCCUGAACCCCUUCUUUAACCCCGCCCCCCACAUCUUUCCUGUUCCCACCUGUCUUAACAAUACUCUCUAAACACAAGAACACACACUCUCUGUUAUCUCAUCUCUGUUGAAACCAAGAAGGACUGUGACAUGGCCUUCAGGCGCCGCCGCUCUCAGUGUUACUGCUCUACGUUGCAGGGUAUUAAAAUAGAACCAUAAGCGCUGAUUAUACAGGGAUACACACACACUCGCAGCAGCAGCAUACACACGCAUACACACACAGCAAUAGGAUGAUCAAGCAGUACAGUUUCACGCCCGCCACCUCCAGGCCUGCUGUGUUUCGUACCGUACUUUGCUCACUAUCACUGUGAAUGAAAGCCAUGCUGCAACCGGGUCAUGGCUCAGACAGGGAACCGCUGGCUUAGUAAUCCUGACAUGUUAAUGUGCCUCCCUGAGGUCGGUAAUACAAAUAUACAUUAUACAGUAUACAGAAGCAUAUAUUUAUAGACAUAGAGAUAUAUAUAAAUGUUGCAUUUAUCGUUUGUGGCAUUAGAGCUAUCAGCGGCUGAGUUUACGCUGCCAGCUCAAAUCAGAUCCGUCAUCCGUCUGACCAGUCAUGUAGCAGAAGGUGUCAGUUUACCCAGCUGUAUUAAUAUCUGUACAAUAAUAUUUAUGCAUUGUUUGCAGUUGACGUCAUAUUGCAUUAUGAUGCUUGUUUGCCUUGUGGAGACCACCAACUAACCUUCAAAGUUUACCCACCUUUUGCAUACCUCUGAGUCACUUCAUAUAGCACAAGAAGUACCUUAAGCAGAAACACAUCGCUCACUUUUCCCUGUUCCAGGAGAACAAACAUGAGAUCAGGUCCACAGAGCUCCAUGAACUGAGAUCUAAGAUUUGAGCUGGCAGCACAGCUGCUCCGUCUGUCUGUCUGUCUCUCUCUCUCUCUCUCUCUCUCUCUCUCUCUCUCUCUCUCUCUCUUUCUAUCUUUCAGCCAAAUGAUCACUGGAGAAAUCCUCCCCGCCCCGUCCUCUUAAGACAACCACACCAGCACCACAGAGCACACUGCCUUCAGCCAUGAUCAGUUGCACCAGCAUAGCAGAGAGACAGACCAGUAGUCAGUCACCAUCCUCCUCACCAAAAAGCCAUUUUUACCUGGAGAUCACUGCUCGCUAUGAUACUGCUAUGUUCAGACAGCAGACAAAUCCAAUCAGUGCUUUUAAUCCGAUCUCUUCAUGGUGUUUUAACUGACUCGAUUGAAUUUGGGACAGCGUAUUAAUUUGCAACCUGGCAAUACGUUUUCCGCAUGACCGACAACUCGAGAUGCUUCGACAAACCUUUGACACGGAGAGCUCCUUCUAACUUUUACAGCUUCAUAACCCUCCGUGCAUUCAUGAGAGAAGCCAUUCUUCUACUCCUAUGAAGAAUAUCUAAAGCCGACAUAAAAAAAAGGAUUUGCUCUGUGUUUGAACACGGCCUCGUGGUGGUACAUGAGGCAAUUUUGCAGGCAAAGCUGGAUGGAAAUGCCUCCCAUCUAUAACAGCCGCAGGAAGUGAGCCCAGCAUUGAAGCAACUUUUAGUAGUGGCCAAACAGUUGUACUGCAACUCCCCGGCUCCGUCACGUGAUGCCGUUGGGCCCAAAAAGACUCACAGCAAGAGGGUUCCCGGUUAGCAACCUGGCGUGGGGGAGCCCUUCUCUGUGAAGUUUGCAUGUUUUCUCGUGUCAGCGUGGGUUUCCUCCAGGUGCUCCGGUUUCCUCCAACAGUCCAAAGACAUGCAGGUUGAUUGGUGACUUUAAAUUGGUUGUAGGUGUGAAUGUGUCAGGCUCCAGUCCCUCCGCGAAGUGGUUACAGGAAAUUAAUGAAUGAAAUAGAUGUGACAAAAAUGUCAAUGGUGGACUUUCGAACAUUCAAAGCUGAGAACAGCCAUGCCUGCAGUUUCCUUCAAAUGCUGCAUGAGCGACAGGCUGGUGAACUCCAGUAGUCUAGGAUAAGCACGUAUGGAAAUGAAUAAAUGAAGUUAGCUGACUCAUGAGCUGGAAGUAGCCAGCUGUAACGCGCCUGCUCUCUGGGCCCAAUGAUACGGAAGCAGCGCUCAUCAUCUGCGUAAUUUCCAAUCACGGAAAAAGAGCUUUUUUGGCUUCAUGCGCCACUUAGCAAAUUUUGUAGGAAUGAACAAGGCCCCGCCUCGUACAUGGUAUCCAGGUCUCUUAACACAUCGAUGGUUGAGGCCCAUCAGAGUUGCCUCAAAAGUUGCCUGCACACCCUGUAUCACUUUCCACCCCCUACCUGAGCUGCAAAAGUCUCCGUCUUUUCUGCACAGUGACCACAGAAUUGUGUUUUCUCUUUCUCUCUCUCUCUCUCUCUAACUGUCUCUUAGAUUAAACUUAGGGGUUAAGUUUUAUGUUGCGUUUACAAUAAACUAAAAUGUGAACUUGAUGCUCUGAAGCUGUGCUGCUGCAGCAUAGCACAAAACUAUAACAACCACUCUGAAGCAGUUCAAAACUCAUGCAACUCCUUUUCCAGAAAUACUUCUACUACUUUUAUUACUUACCCAGGGAAACAUCUUUAAGUCAACAGCAUCCUCUCUCUCUCUUCCUCGCAUCUUUUCCCGUCCUUACACCUCCAUUCCGUCCCUUCCCCGACGUUCCCAUUCUCCUUCCUGUUAUUUUCAAUCCUCGCCCCGAUUUACGACCCUGUCCCCUAUUUAUUUCACUCUGUCCUCUUGGUAUGCACCUCCCUCCUCCCUCCCCACAAACACUCACAGAAACCUACCCCAACUCAUACUAGCACUCUUUGGUGGAGAUAGUCGACAAUCCCUGCAGGAAUAUGUCCACAUGUGGAAUGUAAAAUACUGAAAUUGUAUGAUUAAAGACACGGUGUGAAGUUCCACACUCAUGUUGAUUUUGAUGUUGUUGAUGUUGCUUUCGUUGUGCACCAAGUGUUCGUUGCUCUGCUUAUUCUAGAGUGGAUGAGUUUGCCAGCGGGGUUGAAACCUUGAUCGUGUGACAGACUGCUACUGAUAAGUCCUUUUACUUUAAUAUAGUAUGUUUAUAAAAGACUUGUGGUGUGAGGACAGAUGAAGUGACUUUGUUUUGAAAAUAGAGAAAAAAAGAUGUUUUUUUCUCUCUGAUUAUUCUUUAAUGCCGUUAUUAAUUUGCAUCUGAUUUAUCUUGGUAAGUGAAUGUCCGUCUAUCUGUGUUGAUGCUUUACUGUGAUAAAAAUGGCUGUAUAUGCACUUUCAGACCAUCGUUGGUGCAGUGGUAGCUAGUGCUCAAAUGUCACCCAAGGGCCAGGGUUCAAAUCACCUUCAGUUUAGCUGAAAAAUGAGUCUGCAUAGAUCUGUGAUACAGCCUGCUGUUCAAUUUUUGGGAUAUGUAAUCAGAUUUAGCAUUUAAACUAUUUAGUUGCCUUAUCCUGGUGUUAUGAUCUGCAACCAGAUGUGCUACACAUUCAUAAUAACACCAUGAAAUUAUUUAUAAGGAAUAGGCCCAUUGGUCACACGGCAUCUCGUUAACUGGCUCCAGAGCUAGCUCUGCGGUGUGUAUGCUAGCACUUCAGUGUGUAAUUUGAGGUAUCUUGCAUUAAUCAAAGUUUAAUCUUUUAGUGUCACAAAUGUGGCAGCAGUUUGCAUUCAUACUGUGGAUUUUUCAUAAAUUAUCAACAACAAAAAAAUCAAGUUUUAAAGUCUGUAUUUGAGUUUUCCCGCCUUUUUUGAUAGCUUCCAUUACUGCAACCUGUUGCAGGCUAAUACUUUCUUUUGGGUCAUAAAAUUAUUAUUAAUUAUUAUAAUUAAUUAUUAAAAACGUAUACUUUUUUCUCAAACAAACAAGAAUUUUUUCAAAUCUAACUUCUGUCUGCCAUCAGAGGAGCCGUAGCUAACAGCUAACUAGCUAGCUGCUUGGAUAUCUUGGCAACUUAUGACUUGUGACUUGUGUCAUUUAAAGUAUAACCUUUUAGUGACAUAAACAUGGCAUUAGUUUCAAUUUAUAGUGUAGAUUUUUCAGAAAUUACCUAAAACAGAAAUGUAGGCUUCAAACAGUUUUGAAGCCUACAUUUCAGUUUUCCCGCCGUUUUUGCUUCCGCCAACACUUCCUGUGAGAGGCCAAUACACUGGAAACUCCUUCUGGGUCCUAAAAUUGUCUUAAAGGAGCCAAAAUUUAACUAUAAUGAUAGUUUUUCUUAAUAAUAAUGUUUUGUUUUUUUUUACUGUUUCUCUGAUAAACAAGAAUUUUCUUAAAUCUAUCUUCUACCAGGGUUCAUAGCUAACAGCUAACUAGCUAGGUGCUGGGAUAUGUUGGCAACUUGUAAACAGAACAAAUUAUUCAUACUAUCACAAAUCAUUUGUUCUCAUAAAUGCUUCCACAUUUGAGUAAUUAGCAUUUCUACAACCAAGCUUUCUACGCACAAUUUAACAAGCACUUACUAGCUGAUGGUGUCUAAAAGAUAAUUUAUUGCUAUGUAAUUUGAGGUGACUUGCGUUAUUCAAAGUAUAACAAUUUAGUGACAUAAACAUAGCAGUGGUUUUUACUUCAGAAACUACCUAAAACAAAUCCUCAAGUUUUGAAGCCUACAUUUGAGUUUUCCCGCCUUUUUUGUUAGCUUUCACUACCGCUACCUUAUCAAACUUUUUCUCCAAGAAAAAAGAAUUUUCUCAAGUCUGGCAUCUAUCUGCCAUUAGAGGAGCUGAAGCUAACAGCUAACUAGCUAGCUGCUGGGAGAUUCUGGCCACUUGUAAACCGAACAAAUUACUCUCACUGUCAAGUAGAGAUUACGGUCAAGUCUAGGCUCAGGGCCUCUUGGUUUUGGCCUAAUGAUUAGUUGUAACUUAAUUAGGAACUGAAACUGUGUUUUCUCAUAAACGCUCCCACACUUGAGUUAUUAGCAUUUCUACAGCAACGUUUUCUGCACACAACUAACAAGCAGUUGACGUAUUGUUUCCCAAACCUUUAGCAUUCACAUUGCUUAGCUUUAACACCUGUCUCUGUUCCCGCUCUCAUGUUGUGCACCAAUGGGCCAAAAUCCCAUAAAAUGGGGUUUAUUUCCUCUAAAAAACAUAAACCUCAGCUAACCUCACAGGUCAAUAGAUCUGAAGUACAGUUUCACCUAAUAUUUUUACAAUAUAUUUGUUUUUCUUAGGGACUGUACAAAAGUUAUUGGCAUGAGGUUAAACAUUAUAUUUCAUGUCUUGCUUACCUCACAAGACAACACAUUUUGAGUACAGUGUCACUAAAUACUUUAAUCAGUCAUUUUCCUGGGGGACUGUAUGUAAAUUAUUGGUGUUCUUUUUAGCAAAAAUAAAAAUGACAUGACCCUCCUUCCCUGAUAAUUUUCAGACAGUCCCUUACAGCUCAUUAUGGAUGCAUAUAGUAUUGUUUCUACUUCCAGUACAAUUAAUAGGGUACUUUGGGGGAAAUGUUUAAUAAGUUUAUUGUAAACUAAGGUUUUGCCAAAUUCAUCGUCCAAUUAGUUGAACUGAAAGUGAAUGAACCUGAAUCCUGCUUUCCACAGUUGCUUGGGCUGUAUCACUUGUUAAUUUGGGCGUUUGCUCGUACUCCUGAUCUGGGUCAAUAAAAAUAAUAAAAAAUAUCACCAAUGUCCUGUUCUUAGCCUUUAGAUUGCUCAAAAUCUUGCGAUGUAUGAAUCUGCCGUAUAUUAAUCUUGAUGUCGUAACAAGAAUAUUGCUUUUCAUGGUAAAAACAGUCUCACCAUACAAAGAGGAAAGAAACAAAAAAUAUCACAAAAUAGAAACCAAAAAAAAAAAAAAAUCGAGAUUUAUACAACUGUUCAUACCUCAUUGUACUGCUUUGUGCCAGAGUAAAGGAGAUGGAGUGAUCAGUCUCAAGCAAGGAGAAUCAACAGUGGUUGGCAAAAUAUGGUACAGGACCCAGCAGUGGUCUCAGGAAGAUUAAAAUGUGGCCCCAAAUUUUUUUGAAUAAAAAUUGGCGGCUUUAAUAGUUUUUGUCGGGACAGUUUAGCUCCCGAAAUGUAAGCUCGUGUGAAAAAAGAAAACACUCAAAAUGUGUUGUAGAGGGUGAGUGGAUCUGCUAAAAAUGCUUACAGGAUCUGUUCAGGUUGUAAGAUACAUCAUUGUAACAAUGUUGUGGCUCUAGAUAAAAACAUGUUUGAAAAUUACUGCACUUUGUUAUGUCUAUAAGAAAUUGAUAGCAUGAAAUAUGAAGCCAUGCUUUGAGUGUUUAUCAUCAGCUGGCAGAUAUAUAUUCCAUCUCUACGUGUGUUCUGCCCCGACAAACCAAGAGAGGACUGAUGCAUCAUCAGGACAAGAGUUGGGGUGCAUUGAGUAGUUUGGCCAAGUGAAACAUUUAAAUCCAGAUUACAGUUUUAAACGUCAUCAGCAAUGGCAAAGAAAUCAAAAAUGGUGCUCCUGCCCCCGAGGAAAGCUUCGAAGAGAGAUGUUCUCUUCUUCAGGCCUUCAGAUCUCAAGUGCAAAUAUGCAAUUACACAUGUGUACUUUAAUACAGGCCAAGUAAUUGUGCCUUCAACAAGAAAAGUUUAGGACCCCACGUCCCAAACUGCUAAUCCCAUGAUGAAAAUGUCCUCUCUUGUUUUUGGUUCCUUGCUCCCUGCAGCUCCCCUUCACAGUGACUUUAUGCAGUAGCACACAACCCUGCAGCCCGAAUCAGCGUAUCUGAACGACAUGAUGUGAGGCCCUCUGCACGCAGUAGGCUUUUUCCCGUUUGCAAAGCAGCCAUAAUUUUUUGGCACAGCACAGUGUUGAAUGUAAAGCUGAAUGAGGUUGAAGCACCCCGGACGAGAGUUUGAUGGUGUAUUUUAUAAUGCUGGUCGUGGGUUUGUAAUGGGCACGGUUGUUGUUUGUCUUGUUUUCUGUGACAAAUCAUUCAUGGCACAAUCAGAGAAUGGCAUCUCAAUGGCUCAAAGCUGUUCGUGUUUGUGGCUAUGUGACAUUCAUUUUCAACAUUAUAAAAUUAUUUGAUAUCAA